UUGCCACUUAUGUCAGAAAUGGUACGUUAAAGUGGCCUGUAGUUAAUAGGGAAUUGUGUGUUCCGAAACCCUCACCGGUAAUAAUUGGCGAGAGGCUCUUGAUAUUUCUCUCUCAUCAGGGGAAUCUACUUUGCGGCUGUGCCGAGCGCUGUACUGUUUAACCCCCCUUUUUUUUUUUCCCCUUCUUUUGUUCUCCUUCUCCCUUCUUAAAUACCAGGCAUCACUGGGACUCUCGGAGAAAAUAGAAAGAAAAAAAAAAAAAAAAAAACUCGUUUGAUCCUUUUCCUCUUCGUUAGUCGAAUCAUCAUCGUAAUUAAGCAAAAGUAAAUAUUCGAGAUGCUUCUCCGGAGCUCGUCCUCGCCGCCGCUAAAUUCGUGGAUCGCGCACCAAUCUCCCGACCACCACCACUACCACCACAACCUGCAGCAGCUGCAGCACCCCGCAGUAGAUCACCACCUCCACCAGCAGGCGAAGGUGGUCUCUCUCCCACACGCUCUGCUGCCGCGGACGACGACGACGAGGAGGACGAGGAUGACAACGACAAUGUUGCCGAGGGCGCUCUCCGAGAACAACCUCUCCCACCCCUCCCCACCAAUUCUCAAACAAAACUCUCUCCCUCCUCCUCAUGAUCAUCAUCAGAAGGAGGACACCAAUGUAGCCGAUCACGAGGAGGAGGACGGAAUAAAGCGCGGGUGGGACCGAAAAACCGAAAGUAUCAACGCGACCAACAGUUAUUACCGGAAAAUGCUCGAAGCUGAUCCCAGAAACUCUCUUCUGCUUGGCAAUUAUGCCAAGUUCUUAAAAGAGGUUCGAGGGGAUGCGAUCGGAGCGCGGGACUACAUGGAGCGCGCAAUCGUAGAGAAUCCGUCCGACGGCCUUCUGCUGUCUCUGUACGCCGACCUUGUGUGGCAGACGAGUAAGGACGCCCGACGAGCCGAACGUUACUUCGAACGCGCAAUCCAGGCCGCUCCUCAUGACUCCCAUGUGUUGGCUUCUUACGCGCACUUCCUCUGGGAGGCCGAGGAGGCCGAGGACCACGGAGACGAGGAUGCAGCGCCGAGCAACCACUUCCCAAUUCCACCAAUCCAAAGAGCUGCUGCUGCUGUUUCAUAAUCUCCCUCUCGUUCUCUGUGCUUUUGUGUAAUCUGAUGUAGUGGUCUCCUGAAGCAAUAACUCACUGUAAAUUUUGGCUAGUCCCUUCCUCCCUGUGUUUCUGUGGUAUCCUAAAGCAAUAACCGGCUGUAAAUUUUGGCAAGCUAAUAAUAAUAAUAACAUUUGCUUUUUAUCAUCGUA